CGAUUCUGUAGCAUCAUGUAUCAAUAGAGCGCAUUGCAUUUGCAGGAGUCCUUCAUUUCGUUUCCUUUCCGUGAUGGAUCGCCAUCAGCGUAUUGUUUCGCAAGUAGCCUCCAAGGUGAAAGACUACUUCACACGCAAGGAGCCCUUCAGGAUAUCACAUGGAUCCACCAACUCCACGCGCCCAAAUCUCAAGAAGCGCGUCGUCGACAUCAGUAGCCUCAGAAAUGUCGUCAAAGUAGACAAGCAGAGUCGUACGGCUCUUGUCGAGCCCAAUGUGCCCAUGGAUAGGCUCGUAGAAGCCACUUUGCCACACGGGUUGGUACCGCCGGUGGUCAUGGAAUUUCCUGGCAUCACUGUGGGUGGAGGAUAUGCAGGAACUGCUGGUGAGAGCAGUAGUUUCAAGUUUGGCUUCUUCGACAGGACGAUCAACGAAGUUGAGAUGGUGAUGGCAGACGGUGAAAUUGUCAAAGCAUCUGAGAGGGAGAAUGCAGAUCUCUUUCGCGGAGCUGCUGGUGCAGUUGGUACACUGGGAGUCACCACACUUGUCAAUCUCCGACUCAUUGAGGCAAAGAAGUACGUGAAGACAACCUAUUACCCCACCAGGAGCAUAGCACAAGCUGUCAAGGAGGUCCGUGAGCACACGGAAGGCGAGAGAGGCGAGAAGAAUGACUAUGUGGACGGCAUUCUAUUCUCGAAAGAUCACGGUGCCAUUGUGAUUGGAGAGAUGACAAACCACCUCCCUCCCAACAUGAAACCACGAUCCUUCUCCCACUCUUUGGAUCCCUGGUUCUAUCUACACGUCGAAGAGGCGACACGCACAUCGAACGAGCCUGUGGUCGAGUACAUUCCCCUAGCUGAGUACAUGUUUCGCUACGAUCGUGGUGGCUUCUGGGUUGGACGGUCUGCCUUCAACUACAUGAAGUUUCCGUUCAACAAGUUCACCCGCUGGUUCCUGGACGAUUUCUUGCACACACGCAUGCUGUACCGCGCUUUGCAUGCCAGUGGUAUCGCCACGCGUUACAUCGUACAAGACAUGGCCCUCCCCUACCCCAACGCAGAGAAGUUUAUCGAUUACACGGAGAAGGAGUUUAACAUCUGGCCCAUCUGGCUUUGCCCGCUGAAGCAGAGCGAGCAGCCGACGAUGCACCCACAUACCAAGGGCGACUUGGAGGACACACAAAUGCUCAACAUCGGUCUGUGGGGCUUUGGACCCCAAGAGCCUCAGGAGUACCUCACCAAGAAUCGCGCACUUGAGAAGACCUUGCGAGAUAUGGGCGGCAUGAAGUGGCUCUAUGCGCACACAUACUACAGCAAGGACGAGUUCUGGUCGCAGUUCGAUCGCCAGUGGCACGAGAACCUGCGAACAAAGUAUAACGCUGGUGGUCUGCCUGGCGUGCACGACAAGGUUCACGUGGAUAUUCAGAAAUACACCGCCAUGGCACAGAAUGACUGGGGUAUGCGGCUGAAGAAUGUCUGGCCGCUUGGCGGCUUCUGGGGUAUCUACAAGAGCAUCCAAAGCAAGGACUACAUGAUUCACCGCAACUCGACAUGGAAGUGGAAUAGGCUCGGUGCGAGCAGAAGAUGGUGGUGGUGGUGGUAAAUGUAUACUUGUAUAAAACUACUUGAACAUGGAAGUUCUGAAACAAUGGUGCCACGCAGCGCAAAGAAGGGCGCCCACAGGAUUGUAUAACACUACCUUACAAACAAACCCUUCAUCGAUCA